CUCACAACACGAGACGGCGUUCUAUAACGGGUGUUAAGCGAUGGAUGUCCUUCUCGAUUUUGGGAGGGAGUUCGAUGUGGACCUCAUGGACAGGGUGACGAUGGCCCUCUACACGGGUCAGGGACAGGAGCAACAAAUGGCUCAACAAGUCCUCACCCAGUUCCAGGAACAUCCCGAUGCUUGGACAAGAGUACCCGAUAUCCUCGAGCGCUCAUCAUUCCCGCAAACGAAAUAUAUCGGCCUGCAGAUUUUGGAGAAGCUGAUUAAUACACGGUGGAAAUCUCUUCCGGAAGGGCAGCGACAGGGUAUCCGAAAUUUCGUGGUCGGAAUUACGGUGAAGGUGGCAUCCGAUGAAGCAACCAUGCGGAGGGAGAAGACGUAUAUUAAUAAGUUGAACCUUGCGCUUGUCCAGAUCUUGAAGCAAGAAUGGCCACACAAUUGGCCGACAUUCAUACCUGAAUUAGUGGAGUCGUCCAAGACAAAUCUGUCGCUUUGCGAGAACAACAUGAUCAUUCUGAAGCUCCUCUCGGAGGAGGUUUUCGACUACUCUGCAGAUGCCAUGACGCAGAACAAAAUCAAGAUGCUGAAGAAUCAGAUGUGCGGAGAGUUCUCUGAAAUCUUCAAACUCUGCCAGGAAAUCUUGGAGGAGGCACAGAAGACGUCCCUAAUCAAAGCGACUUUAGAGACCCUGCUGCGGUUUCUCAACUGGAUACCUCUCGGUUACAUCUUCGAAACGACGAUCAUUGACUUACUGCUCAAUCGGUUCCUUGAGACGCCAGAAUUCCGCAAUGUUACUCUCAAAUGCCUUGCGGAGAUCGCGGGUCUGAACGUCGGACCCGAGUACGACCCCAAAUUUGCCAUCCUAUUCGCCAUGGUCAUGACUGCCGUUAAUCGUAUGAUUCCCCCAUCCACGAAUAUUGCGCAAGCGUACGCCAAUGCGGGAGACUCCGGCCAGGAACUCGUGCUUAAUCUUGCCCUUUUCCUUUGCAACUUCCUUUCCAACCAUCUCCGUGCUGUUGAAUCAGAUGCGAACCGCGACGUACUGCUCAAUGCACAUAUGUAUCUGGUCAAGAUUAGUCAGGUGGAUGAGCGCGAGAUAUUCAAGAUCUGCUUAGAAUAUUGGCUGAAGCUAGUCGCGGAGCUGUACGAGGAGAUUCAAAGCCUACCGAUUGGUGACAGCGGGCUACUGAUGGGACUGAGCCUGGGUGGCGGGGCCAGCGCCCAGAGUAUGUUGAAUGGGAUGGCGUUACGGAAGAAUAUCUACUCGGAUGUUCUCAGCAAUCUGAGGUUAGUUGUCAUAGAGAGGAUGGUGAAACCGGAGGAGGUUCUUAUUGUCGAGAACGACGAAGGCGAGAUCGUUCGUGAAUUCAUGAAGGAGAGCGACACAAUCGUCUUGUACAAGUCGAUGAGAGAACUUCUGGUUUAUCUGACUCACUUGGAUGUGGUGGAUACAGAGACCAUCUUGACAGAGAAGCUCGCCAAGCAGGUUGACGGUUCAGAAUGGUCGUGGAACAAUCUCAAUACCUUGUGCUGGGCCAUCGGUUCGAUUUCUGGCGCAAUGAACGAGGAGACUGAGAAACGAUUCCUUGUGACUGUUAUAAAAGACCUGCUAGGCUUGUGCGAGAUCAAGCGCGGUAAAGACAACAAGGCAGUAGUCGCGUCCGACAUCAUGUACAUCGUUGGCCAGUAUCCUCGAUUCCUCAAGGCACAUUGGAAGUUCCUGAAGACUGUCGUCAACAAACUUUUCGAGUUUAUGCACGAGACGCACGAGGGCGUGCAGGAUAUGGCUUGCGACACAUUUAUCAAAAUCGCUCAGAAGUGUAGAAGGCAUUUCGUGAUGCAGCAAUCCGGUGAACAGGAGCCUUUCGUCGAUGAAAUCCUACGAUUGCUGCACCGGAUUACUGUGGACCUUUCGCCGCAGCAGGUCCAUACCUUCUACGAGGCAGUGGGUUAUAUGAUCUCGGCACAGCCAAAUAAGCCACAGCAAGAGAAGCUUAUCGCUAAGUUGAUGGAAUUGCCAAACAACGCUUGGGAUUCUCUCAUGGCCCAGGCUGCACAAAAUAUCGACGUCCUCGGGAAUAUGGACAACAUCAAGAUUCUGGCCAAUGUUCUAAAGACUAAUACAGCUGCAUGCACGUCUAUCGGAAGCUUCUAUUUGCCUCAGAUAGGUCGUAUUUUCUUAGAUAUGCUCGGUCUCUAUAAGGCCGUGAGUAGCAUUAUCAGUGAGACUGUCGCUCGGGAAGGAGUCAUCGCUACAAAGACUCCGAAAGUGCGACAACUCAGGACCGUGAAGAAGGAAAUCCUGAAGCUACUUGAGACAUAUAUCAAGAAAGCGGAAGAUCUUGAAGCUGUCAAUAACAACUUCAUACCUCCGGUGCUGGAUGCAAUCUUGGGCGAUUAUAAUCGCAAUGUCCCCGCAGCGAGGGACGCUGAAGUGUUGAACGUCAUGGCCACGAUUACUAGUCGCCUUGGGCCCUUGCUCACGCCUCAAGUUCCUGCUAUUCUGGAUGCAGUCUUCGAGCCGACGCUGAACAUGAUCAACCAAGACUUCGCGGAGUUCCCCGAGCACAGAGUCGGCUUCUUCAAGCUCCUAAGAGCCAUCAACCUCAACUGUUUCCCAGCCCUUUUGACCAUCCCGCCAAAUCAAUUCAAGCUGUUCAUGGACAGUAUUAUCUGGGCCAUCAAGCACACCAUGCGGGAUAUCGCAGAUACCGGUUUGAACUUAUGCUUGGAAGUCAUCAACAACUUCGCCAGCGCGGAUCCGGCUGUUGCAAACGCUUUCUUCCAACAAUACUUCCUCAGCAUUGUUCAGGAUAUCUUCUUUGUGCUGACGGAUGCCGACCACAAGAGUGGAUUCAAGCUUCAGAGCUUGCUACUGGCGCGAUUAUUCCAGCUUGUGGAGACGAAUCAGAUUCAGGCGCCUUUGUUUGACCCGUCUCAGGUGCCAAACCCAAAUAUCACGAAUGCGAUAUACUUGCGGGAAUACACAGCAAAUCUGCUGAGAAAUGCUUUCCCUCACGUGUCGACGGCACAAGUCGAACAAUUCGUCAUCGGUUUGGGAGAAUAUCACAACGACAUCAACCGCUUCAAGCUCUCUUUACGGGACUUCCUCAUCCAACUGAAAGAGUUUUCCGCCGGCGACAACGCCGACCUCUUCUUGGAAGAGAAGGAAGCCGAAGCUCAGAGGAAGGCGGAGGCGGAGCGUGAGGCAGCAAUGCGCAUCCCUGGCAUGCUCAAACCGUCGCAAAUAGAAGACAAGGAUGAAGACAUUUAAUCGGGAGUAGAGGUGUAAGGUGUAUUUCGAACUACGUGUGUUUUUAGGUCCCUUUGCAUGCUUCCCCAGUCAAGAUCAUUGUCAAUCCCCCUUGUUUCCCCUCUUCCCCCUGCCUCGGCUUUUCUAUUGUCGCUGUGCUAUAUCGUGUCAUCCAUCUGCAUAUCUUAGUGUACAGUAGCCUACAGUUAGGAACAAAAGAAUGUAUCACUGUCACGAAAUCUCAAGUAUAUAUUUUCUGU